AUGGGAUCUUAUACUGAUGAGAAUGAUCCAAACAAUUUCGAGGUCACAUUGCAUUCAGGUGCCUUGAUACAUGAACAAAAAAAUGCUGUUAGUCUAUGGCAACGAGCAUUCAAAAAGGUUAAGUCAAUAGACCUAGAUUCCUGGAGCGAUCUACCGUGGAAUGAACGUCCUAUUCGACGCGCCCUCAGACACCGAUACAGUGCAAUCAAGAAGAAGUGGGUCGUGGAUGAAGUACAAAUCAAGAUAGAAUCAGAACCAUUUGAUCGUGGAGCAAUGCGCGAAUGUUUUAGACUGAAGAAAUUAAGUCAAAGAGCAUCAGAUACUAAUGACUGGCAUCAUACAUCAAAUUAUGUGGCCAAGCGAUAUAUAAACCCUGUGGACAAACAGAUUUACUUUGAUGACGUGCGUCUACAGAUGGAAGCAAAGUUAUGGGGGGAAGCUUACAAUCGGCAUAAUCCUCCCAAAAAGGUGGACAUUUUCCAGUUGUCUGUUCUCGAACUAAACCCUGAAAGUUCCGUUGGUAAUGAACAAGUAGCUUCUUCAUCGCCAGUAUUUUUUCAUAUUGAGCGAUAUAUGGAAGGAGAGUAUCGUAAAUACAAUUCAAACUCUGGCUUUGUCGAUGAGUGCUUACGUAAUACUCCACAGACUUUUAGUCACUUCACAUUUGAACGUUCCGGUCACCGAUUGUUAGUUGUAGAUAUCCAAGGUGUUGGAGACCUGUACACUGACCCUCAAAUUCAUACAUCAGAUGGAGUGGGCUACAAUGAUGGCAAUCUCGGUACGCGGGGUAUGGCUUUAUUCUUUCACAGCCAUAAAUGUAAUCCUUUAUGCAAAUGGCUAGGAUUAGCUCAAUUUGAUCUGGCUCCCUCUGAAUUAGAUGUGCCGACGCAGUGUCACCAAACUAAUCAAAAUCCUCCAAAUCCUAUGGAAAAUGAAGUCGAUCACGUUGAAAGCACGUGUGGAAUGUUUCGCAAAUCGAAAUUUCGUCGACGUACAUUCAGUUUAAACAAUCAAGUAUCCUGUAAAUCUCCGUCUAAUUUGUAUGGUCCGACAGUUGUUCGUUCAUCUGAAAGUAUGUUCACCUCAGCACUUUCCGAAACUCGUCGUCGUUGUGCUAGUAUUUCACUUUGCGAUCAUUCCAAAUCCAUGGGACAAAGUUUGAGCUUUGUAUCUUCGUUUCAGUCGGUGGAUGAUGACCUUUCACUUGACAGCCCUGACGCUCUGAAGCUUCGACAAACAUCAUGUCCGAAUCCUUCAUUUCAGCUGUCGAAUCAUCAAUUCUCACCUGACUUAAAUAUAUCUGGUCAGGGACAGUGUUGUCUUCAAAAUUUCGGUUCAGUAGUCCCCAAGCUACCGGUUUCAAGAAACCGUGCAGCGUCUGGUGACUCAGGAUAUUCUGGACGAGUAAAUUUAAUUCAGCCUUGUUCAGACUUUCCCGUUGGUAGAUUAUGUGAAGUCGCUUCUGGAUUUCAUCAAAACUGUACAAAUUUUGAUGGUAAUUCUACCUCAGUUGAUUCAUCAGUACGAGUUUCCCCGCCUAGUGUUGGAAGUAUGCGAUCCUACUCAGAAUUUCGUCCGUCAGUGGAUGAAGCCUUUCCUUCAGCAUCAAACCAUUUAUUUUCCAAUCGUUGUAUGAUUAUACCAAAAAGACAGCGUAAUAUCAGCGAAUCUAGUGAUGUAGAUGCAGAGGAGUGUCAUCGUGUGACUGGAAAUUUAUUGUAUCAACUAAUGCAUGAAAAUCACAAACCCAGUUGUGCCGAUCAUCCUACAAACUUGGAUCAAGAAAUCGGGCAUUCUAUUCUUGGACAAAUACAUCAUGAACUUGCCAGACUUCAUGAAGCUGGACGCUUUGUACCAAAUAAAUGUGGAUGGUCAAAUGUAGGACUAGGAGGUGAAGGACUACUCAAUAAGGACUGUUGGGAAGUUAGUGACUCCGAAGAAUCGAACAACGGAGCAAAUAUUGACCCAGUAACUUUGAUCGACUGGUCAGCUGUCCUAUUUCAUGAACGCCACGCUGCUCAACUAGGUUGCCUUGAAGCCAUGAUUGUCAUGGCACAUUAUUAUCUUGGUUUACCGACUCAAUUGUUACUGGGGUGUCCAAUAAAAUCAGAUCCAAGUGAUAUACGUAUUGGCAUUGAUCAUCUUUGGCGUGCUGCGGAAGGUGGUGAUCGUCGAUGCAUGAUCCUUCUCGCUCGCUAUCUAGACUUGUCAGUUAGUCUUAUAAAUCCAGGACAUCAAACCAAUUCCGUAACAAUCCCGCGUGACGUUUUGAUACUUCCUACCUUACAAUCCUAUCUUAAUAACAAUAAUCAAUCAUUGCUUCCUUCUAUAUCCCCUGAUUCCUGGUCUGAAGCUAUUGGUUGGUAUAAACGGGCAGUUGACAGUGCCAUUAAUUCAUCCUCUUCCGCUGAUGGGUGUACAGAUGAAGGAUUAGAUGCUGAAGGUCAUUAUGAUGCUGCUGAAGAUUUACUACCUGUUUAUCGUAUUUUGGCUCGUAUGGCUGAAAUGUAUUCUGUCGGUGGCUUCGGUCUUAAACAAAAUUUAUCCUUAGCCGGAGAUCUUUUCACUCAAGCAGCAGAAAUUGCUUCUGGUGCAUUACAAGGUCGUUUGGCUGUAAAAUAUUUUGAGUUAGCAGAUGAAGCAUACUCAUUGAACGAGCAAAUAACUAACUGUUAG